AUGGAGAGAACGGAAGAGGUCCCAGCCGAGCUUGCCGAGACCAACGAUGAGCGAUCUGUCGAGGUCUUCACCGACAGCCCGGCCACGCCACCUGCCAAAUCUGCCUCUUUCGAAUCCGAAAAUCAGGAAGUGGUUGAAGCCAAAUCGCCGUCUCCAUCUUCUUCGGGAUCCUACACACCACAGAGCUCUAGGAUGUCCGCGUCGUCCGCGUCUCCGUACACAGCUCGCGUGCGCGACACGGAAUCGCCUCACAUGGAGGACAUGCAGCGACUCCUCACUUUCCAGGCGCGUCAAAUCGUGGAACUGGAACGCCAGCUCGCCCAGCAGCGGCUUCAAAUCCGAAUCCUCAACUGGCGAACAUCGGGCUACACGGUGCGAGCAUUCAAGGGGGAGGUCAACCACGCCGGCCAGGUCUUCGCGCUAAAGCUCAACGAGAAGGGAGACGAAGUCGCCUCUGGCUCACAGGACAAGACCAUCCUCGUGUGGAGCGUCAAAGGGGGACGAUGCCUUCGUCGUCUGCGAGGACAUGCGGCCGGCGUGUACUCUCUGGACGCUCAAGGAGACAUGCUGGCCUCGGGCUCGGCGGACAAGGUGAUCCUCACCUGGAAGUUUUCCACCGGCGAAUCUCUUCUGGCCUUCAAGGGCCACAAGGGCACCGUGUACGCCGUCAAGCUCGCUGGUCACCUGCUGGUCUCCGGCUCUGCUGACCGAACGGUCAAGGUUUGGGACGUUCGGACCGGUGAGCUGCUCAACUCCCUCGAAGGCCACACCGGGUCCAUUUCUUCGCUGGCGAUCAUUCGUUCUGCGUCCUCCCCCUCCUCUUCGUCUUCAUCGUCUUCUUCCUCUGCUCCGAGCCCGAUCAUCGCCUCGGCCUCCUUCGACAAGACCAUCAAGCUGUGGAAUCUCUACACGGGCGAGUGCGUCGGCACGCUGGAGGGUCACACCGACUUUGUCACCUGCGUCCGUGCCGUGGGCGACAGGACGCUGGUGUGGGAUCUCGAGCGACGGGAGUGUGUGCGCACGUUGACCGGCCACACUGAGUGGGUGAAUGCGAUCGCGGUCGAACCAAAUGGCCACGUCGUUGUUUCGCUCAGCAAGGACAGGAGCAUCAAGGUGCGGACGCCGCCACGCGUGGAGGAGUGUAAGGUGUGGCACCUUCCCACCGGCGAGCUGCUGCGCGAGCUCAAAGGGCACCAGGCUUCGAUCCAGUGCCUCGAGCUUCUGCCCAACGGCAUCCUCUCUGCGUCCGACGACGCCGCCAUCAAGCUCUGGACCAUGCUCUUCUGUUGA